AUGUCGGAUAAUGAUGAUGACUACAUGUGUGAAGAAGAGGAAGACUAUGGUUUGGAAUAUUCAGAAGAUAGUAAUUCCGAACCAGAUGUUGAUCUAGAAAACCAAUAUUACAACAGUAAAGCAUUGAAAGAGGAUGAACCACAGGCUGCUUUAGUAAGCUUCCAGAAGGUUCUAGAGCUAGAGGGUGGGGAUAAGGGUGAAUGGGGAUUUAAGGCCCUUAAGCAAAUGAUAAAAAUAAAUUUUAAACUGGGAAAUUUCACUGAAAUGAUGGCUCGGUAUAAACAACUACUUACUUAUAUCAAAAGUGCUGUCACUAGGAAUCACUCUGAAAAAUCUAUUAACUCUAUAUUGGACUACAUAUCUACAUCACGAAAUAUGGAAUUACUCCAAGAUUUCUAUGAAACAACAUUAGAAGCCUUAAAAGAUGCAAAAAAUGACAGGCUGUGGUUCAAGACAAACACAAAGCUAGGUAAAUUAUACUAUGACCGUGGUGAUUUCAACAAACUAGCCAAGAUCCUGAAGCAGUUGCAUCAGAGUUGUCAGACGGAUGACGGCGAGGAUGACCUAAAGAAAGGCACACAACUGCUGGAGAUCUAUGCCCUGGAGAUCCAGAUGUACACGGCGCAGAAGAAUAACAAGAAACUUAAGGCUUUGUACGAACAGUCACUGCACAUAAAAUCUGCAAUUCCGCAUCCACUCAUCAUGGGUGUUAUAAGAGAGUGCGGCGGUAAAAUGCACCUGCGCGAGGGCGAGUUCGAGAAAGCGCACACAGACUUCUUCGAGGCGUUCAAAAAUUACGACGAGUCUGGCAGUCCGAGGAGGACCACUUGCCUUAAGUACCUCGUACUGGCUAACAUGCUAAUGAAAUCCGGCAUCAAUCCCUUCGACUCGCAAGAAGCUAAACCGUACAAGAACGACCCAGAGAUCCUCGCCAUGACGAACUUAGUGAUGGCGUACCAGAACAACGACAUCAACGACUUCGAGUCCAUCCUCAAGCACAACAGGAACAACAUCAUGGAUGACCCUUUCAUCAGGGAACACAUCGAGGACCUGCUAAGAAACAUCAGAACACAAGUGCUGAUCAAGUUGAUUGGACCAUAUACGAGGAUUCACAUACCAUUUAUAUCCAAGGAGCUUAACAUUGAUGAGAAGGAGGUGGAAAAUCUUCUCGUUACGUGUAUUUUGGACAAUACUAUCAGCGGGCGUAUCGACCAGGUGAACGCGGUGCUGGAGUUGGCGAGCGGCGCGCGCGGGGCCGCCCGCUACUCCGCGCUCGACAAGUGGACCGCGCAGCUCGCCGCGCUGCACCACGCGCUCGCCAACAAGAUGGCCUGA